AUCGGCCCAUCCGCCACGAGAUCAUCCUCGAGGACGGGGCUGUACCUCCGCGUGGUUGCAUCUACCGAAUGAGCGAGGAAGCGUUAAGUGUGCUACGGGCACAACUCGACGACCUUCUGGAGAAAGGCUGGAUUCGACCUAGCUCAUCGCCAUACGGUGCCCCCGUUCUCUUCGUCCGGAAGAAGAACAAGGAUUUGCAGUUGUGCAUCGAUUAUCACAAGCUCAACGCGCAAAUGAUCAGAAACGCCGGCCCUCUUCCAUGCAUCGACGACCUUCUCGAACGGCUGGGAAGCGCCAAGUUCUUCUCCAAGCUUGACCUCAAGUCGAGAUAUCACCAACUCGAGAUUCGGAAGGAGGACCGCUACAAGACCGCGUUUACGACGCGAUAUGGGCAUUUCAAAUGGCUGGUUAUGCCAUUUGGCCUUACGAAUGCCCCUGCCACUUUCCAAGCGGCUAUGACAACGGAGUUCCGACACAUGCUGGAUCGAUUCGUACUUAUCUACCUCGACGACAUCCUGGUGUAUAGCCGGAGUUUGGACAAGCAUGUGGAACACCUGCGCACCGUUUUGGAGCGACUACGACAAGCCAAGUACAAAGCCAACCGCGACAAAUGCGAAUUCGCGCGGCAGGAGCUAGAGUACUUAGGACAUUAUGUGACGGCGCAAGGCAUCCGUCCGCUUGCGGACAAGAUCGAGGCCCCCCGCGUAUGGCCCAAGCCCACCAACACCAUGGACGUCCGUUCAUUCAUGGGGUUGGCGGGUUACUAUCAGCGAUUCAUCACCGGAUACUCAAGGAUUGAUGCAUCUAUGACGAGAUUACAAUCGCCAAAGGUGCCAUUCGUGUUCGACGAUGACGCACGCCAGUCAUUCCAAGCACUCAAGACAACCAUGCUCAUGGCACCCGUCCUUAGCAUCUAUGACCCCACCCUGCCUACGAGAGUGACAACUGACGCUUCCAGCUAUGGCAUUGGGGCAGUCUUGGAACAACACGACGACGACGACUGGCACCUUGUGGAGUAUUUCAGCCACAAAGUGCCUCCCAUCAAUUCGCUUGAUGAUGCAAGGAAGAAGGAGCUGCUCGCGUUGGUGAUGGCUCUCAAGCGAUGGCGGCACUUCCUCCUUGAGCGUCGUAGGUUCACAUGGGUCAUGGACAAAAACCCAUUAACCUACUACAAGACGCAGGAUACGGUGAGCAGCACGAUCGGGCGAUGGAUGUACUUCAUCGACCAAUUUGACUUCACACCGAAACAUCUCCCCGGCCUCUCCAAUCGCUCAGCAGAUGCACUCUCGCGAAGACCUGAUCUUUGCGCGAUGACACAUCAUGCCUUCGCAUUCAACGAGGAACUCCAACAACACUUCAUCCGGGGCUAUGAGUCUGAUCCGGAUAUCGCCACGUUGUAUGCGCAGCUAUCUUCGGAUCACCCGCCGGCCAGCCACUAUCGCAUUGCCGACGGGUACUUGCUCCUCCACUCGAGAAGCAAGGACUUACUAUGUGUCCCACGAGAGCGUCGCCUUCGAACUCGCCUUCUCGGCGAGUAUCAUGAUUCGCGACUCGCCGGCCAUUUCGGAGUCAACCGCACCAUUCCACGGCUUCGACAACGAUUCCGAUGGCCCGACCUCAUUACCGAUGUCACUCGGUAUUGCGACUCUUACGAAGUUUGCCGACGAAGCAAGCCCCACAAUCGCAAUCCCUACGGUGAGUUGCGCCCGAUGCCUAUCCCACAAGAACCCGGCCUCUCUAUUGCCAUGGAUGUCACUGGACCAUUUCCCCGCGAUCGCCUCGGGAACGACGGCACCCUCACGCUUGUGGACCGUUUGAGUAAGUACGCUCGUUUUCUCCCUUGCAAGUACUACUCCACGGCUCCCGAGCUAACACGCCUCUUGCACACCGACUGGAUUUGCGGCCACGGUGUACCGGAAGACAUAGUCAGCGACCGAGACACUCGCUUCAUGUCGUCAUUUUGGACUGCUCUCAUGCAGGAGUCCGGCACGAAGAUGAAACCAAGUUCGGCUCGGCAUCCACAGACGGACGGGCAAACGGAGCGGGCACAUCAAACCGCUCAAAUGAUGCUCCGUACGCUCAUCCGUCCGGACCACAAAGAUUGGGUUGACCGCCUCCCCGACAUCGAGUUCGCCCACAACACUUCGGUGCACCCGGCGAUCGGCUUGACUCCAUUCGAGUUGCACCACGGUGGACGGAAAGGCCGUAUCUUCACCGACCUUCUCCUCCCACGACCAGCCGACAUUGACGCCGCAUGCUCUCCCACUUUCGUCCGGAAGUACAGGGAAUUGCUGGCUCAAGCCCGCGCGAACAUGCAAAAGGCUCAAAUCCGCAUGCAGCAGCAAGCCAACAGGCGUCGCGUGCCAUGUCCUAUCCUCGCCGGUGAUCUGGUUUGGGUCUCCGCGGAAGAGUUUGCACUGGAACAGGAUGUUUCACGCAAACUGCUUCCCAAGUGGUUUGGACCAUGGCCCGUAACAUCAGCCGCGGGCGAUGAGCCUGAUGGCCCUUCAUUUGUGAUCAACAUCCCCCUGCAUCUGAUGGUCAAUCCAGUCUUUCACGCCUCGAAGCUGGCAACAUAUACACCAGCUAAGAGCGACGACUUCCCGGGCCGACGAUCGCAGGACCCUUCAUCUAUGGAUGGUCAUCAGGAAGUUGACCGCGUCAUCACGGAUCGCAAGUACGGCAGCAAGCCGCGACAGCACAAAGUUACAUUCAAAGCAUGCGAUCCCGACGACACUCGGUGGAUUUCAGGAACAGAUUUGAAGGCAUCCGCACCGCUGAUCUACGCUCACUACGGGCGACAAAGGCUCAGGCAACUUCACGACCUGCCCCUCCCACCCGCACUGUGGUCCCUCCCUCAGACAGACAGCUUCGCCCUCGCAGGUACGCUCGGUCUUUCAAGGAGGGGGGGGUGUGGCAUACUGCGUAGCCACACGGGCCUGCAGGGCCCGUCCAGCAUUCUCAGCCUAAAAGCCUAGAAAUAAGGGCUUACAGGCCCCUGUCGUUUCAGCCUGAAAACUUAAAAUGAGGGUCUGCAGGCCCUAUUUCGUUUUCAGCCUAAAACAGGGCUUUUGAGCCUUGAGGCUUUUCAGCCUGAAACGGAGGGCCACUUUCGGGCCCUCAUAAGAUCGACCUACCCUAACACUCGGGAACAAAACCAGGGUUUCGGG